ACCUCAGCAAAAGCCGACAAGGCCGUAACGACCGCCUUAGCAAACAUUCUCAACGCCUCAGUCACCUUUCACUGUACCCCGAACUGGAAACAAGGUUUGAUCCAUGAUCUACGCACUGGAUCAACAGAUCUUGGUGCAACACCGAGCUACAUGACCCCCGAUCGCUUGAAAUCCGUCCAAUUCCUUGCGAUGACCGGACCACUCAACUACAAAUUCAUCUACAGAUCGCCCAAGCUAUCCUACACGGAUAACGUAUUCCUACUAUCCUUUCACGAUCGCGUUUGGAUGUCCAUCGGAGCAGUAAUUCUGCUAGCAACGGCCCUACAGCUGAUCAUAACGCACUUCGAGCCAGAUCACCCCGGACAGCUCGGAGUCAGCGACGCCUUGUUGAACAUGAUCGGUAUCGCCAGUCAACAGGAGGCGUUGAUCAAUCCGCAAUCGGUUUCAUCCCGCACGUUGAACAUCGUUAUGUUGAUCAGCUUGAUGUUCCUGUACAUUUGUUUUUCGGCUAACAUCGUGGCGUUGAUUCAGUCGCCGACGGCACGAGUUCGAACGCUGGGUGAUUUAUUACGGUGGGGAUUCCAACUGUCGGCCCAGGAUAGUGAUAUUAAUCGGAUUUUUAUGGCGAACGAGUCCAAUUCCCUACGAAACACCAUCUACACCACCAUUCCGAAAUUCAACGGUUUUCUCCCGGUGGCCAACGGAAACCGAACGGAUACGCAAGGUCUGGCCGCAUUCCACGGCGACACGAACCAAAUCUACUACCGCUACAUGAUCGACCAGUUCGACGAGAACGAAAAGUGCAAAUCUGAACGAAGAUCAAUUUUUCUACCCCCGCUACAAGGAUACUACACCGUUGCGAAGGAUUCUCCUUUGGCGGAACAUGUUAAAUAUGGACUAUUGAAACUGCGCGAACUGGAUUUCUUGCAGAGGGAAAUCGCAAUGCAUUACCAACGCAAACCAGCCUGCAUAGGAGAGAAACCUUUUCGUUCCGAUUUCGAUGAUCGAUUGCCAUUUUCAGCAUUCAAUUGA